AUGGUGGCGGAACGCACGGUUUUGUCGCUCAUCACUAGCCACCCUGGCGAUGUGCUCUGUCUAAUGCUAUUUGCGCCUCUAGCCCUACUGCAGUCGAAGUUACAGCGUCGAAAGGGCGGAAAGCUGUGGACCGCCGCGGUCGCGGCUCUUCUUAUUUCGUUGGAGACGUUUCUGUACAUUAACGGUCGCCUAAUUGUCAUCCUUCUAAGUCUGCCUAUAAUCGUAUGCUCGCGUCGUAUGUGCGUCCCUGCCAUCACGGGUGGUAUCGGAAGCGGUAAAAGCACGCUAGCAAGGGUUCUGGCCGAUAACGGUUACUCAGUGAUCGACUGUGAUGCGAUCAACCGCGAGCUGCUGCUGCCGGGAUCGCCUGCCUACGCCAGCAUUAUCCGCAAGUUCGGGGCCGGCAUUGUGCUCGACAAUGGCGAGAUAGACAGGGCGCAGCUACGUGAAAUCGUUUUCAACAACGAGGCAAGAAGGCUGGAACUCAAUAAGUGCCUGCACAAGUACAUCGGUUUGCGCGUGAUUUGGAACAUUUUCAAGUACAGGGUCCUGCUCUGGAGGUCCCGUGUCGUGUUGGACGUCCCACUACUAUACAACACGCCGUUGGUGUUCGUCAGCAGCCCCGUAGUGGUUGUCGUUUCGCCUGUGGAGAGCCGCCUGGAGCGCCUGAUGGCCAGAGACGGCACGGUGCCGCGGGCAACGCUGCAGAACAUCAUCAAGGCGCAGGUAUCGGACGAUGUGCUCUGCGCCUGGGGAGAUAUCAUCCUCGACAACAGCCAGAGCCAGGAGGAGUUCGUGGAGCGAGUAGAAUCUCUAGUUGCGACUCUGUAG